GUACGUCCCGUCUGGCUUCACAUACUGCAAACCUUUGAAGCCGUUCAGGAAGGAACCACGUGACAGUGUAACGAGAGAGAGAGCCAUUUAAGAUCGUAACCUGGGCAUGAUUAUUUCAUAAAACUAGUGUAAAUCUCUCCUGUCAGUAACUACAGGUUGCUAAUAACAUGCCUAAAUAUUGCACCGCUCCAAACUGCAAAAAUAGUUCAGGGCAAACGGGUUCUGACAAGAACAUCAGUUUCUACAAGUAUCCACUGCAUGAACCAGAUCGCCUUAAGAGAUGGCUGACCAACAUGAAGAGGGAGAAAUGGACCCCCUCCAAACACCAGCACCUCUGCAAUGAACACUUCACCCCAAGCUGCUAUGACCUCCGCUGGGGCACCCGCUACCUGACCAGCGAUGCAGUGCCCACUGUCUUUGACCUUUCUCAUUGCCACGUGAAAAGGAAAUCAAGUUGCGCGCAACGACCGAGCAACCCGAACAAAAGGCCCAAAACAUCCAGCAAGAAUGAGACCCCUGUGGCCUCCGAAGUAAAGACAGCUGACGUUCCCAGGCUUUUGGAAGCGAACAAGCCCAAUACUGUGCGAGUUUACACUAUGGCGGUAGACUACAGCAUGUCUGCUCAGCCUGUGCUGGUGAAGGCUGUCCAUUUAGCUCAGUGUGUCCCUUCCGGCUGUGUGUCGUUAGCUGUUAGCCAAGAAGGGGAAACGGUCCCCUUGACUCUUUUUCAAAGAUUGCCCAUAUUGAGCAUCCGAAUGGAUUCUGACCAAUCGGAGGCAGUUAUCAUUUCAGAACCGUCCCUCCCUGACCCUGACAGUUCGGUAGAGGUCACAGAAGAUUCCGGUAUCCUCCGGGAGAUGCAAGAAGUGAUUAUAAGCUCGGAAGAUCACUGCACGGCGCCCCCUGCAGUUCAGGGUGAGUCUGUCGUCAUUGAAAACGUGUCCAUCGAUACCAUAGUGGAGCCGUCUCCCAGUCUCCCCGAAGAGAAGGGGUCCGCCCUGCAGGUUAUUGCCUAUUUCGAGACCAUUCCCAACACCACCGUUGUUGCAUCAGGGCUGCCCUGCUACCCAACCCCCAGCCCCGCAGCCCUGAACACUGUGCUGUCUUCCGCGCUGACCCUCCCGAUCGUCUCCACCCUGCCCAUCGUAUCCAAUCAGAGCGCGUCUCCGCGCUCCCAGGUGAUGACUGUGGAGAAGGUGGAUGGCUGUAGUCUGGAGGACACGCCCAUCGGGGAGGAGCUGGAAGAACACAGGUAUCACAAGAACACGCUGAGCACAGAGCAGCUGGAGGCUGUCAUCGUGGGGCUCCAGAAGAAAGUGAAGGUCCUGCAGCAGCGUCAUCGCCGGCACUUGGAGAAGCUGAUCGCCAUGGACGCCCUCGUCCAGCAACUCAAGAAGGAGAACAUUGUGUCUGAGGAGAAAAUCAGGCUGCUGGAGAUGGCCUACCUUCAGACGAGCGCUGUGAAGUCAGAAGCAGGAGAGACGGUGGCGAUUGUUCGUGAGGAAGAAAACGACACCUGUACGCCGUCCAAAAGUAACGCACCAGAGCUACCAGUAGACAGAGAAUAACGAAAACAAAAAAGGACCGUGGUUUUUUGGAUCGUGUUUGGCAACAAAAAUGUUUCCAUUAAAAAGCAAAAAAGAUUGUGGGUGUCGCUUGAAAUCACUAUAGCAGAUGAGGGCCAGUUGGCCCGAAUAGGAGAAGGGUUUAAAGAAAAAAAAAAAAACCACACACACAGAUAAAUUUGUUCCACGUGCUGUUGGCUACUGCGUAACGUCAAAAGGUGUAUUUUGGGGCUUGUUUAGUAGAAUUGUUGUACAUAUUUGUAAGGGAAUGCAAAAACAUUUAUCAAAACAACUUAUAGAAGAAAAAUGUUUUCAUUAUUUAUUUUGGCACUGGAUUUUUUUUAUUUAUUUUUAUUUUUUUAUUAUUAUUUUUAUGAGCACUGAACGUAACUCCAUUAAAAUCAUAAGAGAUUCUGUUAGUCAAAAGUCUGAAUUGUGGGUCACUAACCAGAAACCUGUUGUUGGUUAAAUUGGCUUCAAAUGAAAGCAUUUGAACAAUCUAAAUAAUUAAUGCGGCUCUAAAAUAUAAAUGGAAGAAACUGGAAUUGGGUAAUGUAAUGGAAAUAGAAAAACCAAAAUUGCCCCUGCUGAUAACAAUAGAAAUGUACAUAACUGUAUGCACUCGGGGUAAAAAGGGUUAGGCAAAUUAUUUUUGUUAUAAUUGUCUUAUGUGGCUUGCUGGAAAAGGGGUACAUAUUGUUUUGUUGGUGUUUUCAAUGCAGUUUCUCAAUCACCACUGAAGUCGCAGGAAAAAAUGGUAAGGCUCCUGCCUUGACCAGCGUUGUAGGACACACCUCAUGUCAGCAGAAAAUAUUAAAAAGUAUUUAUGGAACUGAA